AUGACUUCGCACACUUUAGCCCGCUUCGAUUCGAGCAAGGAGCUAUCGGACGACUGCGCGUUUUGCCGCAUCAUCGCUGGUCAAUCUGCUGCGUACAUUGUGUAUGAAGAUGAGCACAAUCUAGCUUUUCUGGACAUCUUGCCCUUGAGACGCGGACACACACUCGUCGUUCCGAAAAAGCACGUCGAACAAGUAUCGCAUUUGGAUCAGCAAACGGCUGCUUGGUUGUCGAAUGCGCUUGUGCAGACCACAAGAGCUGUUGGGAAAGCUCUGGACGACGAAAGACUGCAGGUGAUCACCAACCAGAUCUACGCACAGCUUGUUCCUCAUGUUCACUUCCACAUUGUUCCCGCUGCCGCGCGACCGAGUGCAGACGAAAAAACCAAGAAGCCGGCGGCAAGCCAUGCUCUCGCCACGAUGGGGCUCGGCCACGGACGUGAAGAGCUAGAUGAUCAAGAAGCCGAAGAGCUGUGCAGAAAGAUUCGUCAAGCUGCGCAACAGUUGAGCAACGGACCUGAUGCAAAGUUGUGA